GAUGCAUAAGCAUGGCAGAACAUUAAAGGCACUAUAAGCAGAGCGGAAUAUUUACGCGAGUGGAUAUACGUGGCUGACAAAGGACGAAAAAAAUGAGCAGCGACACGUUGAGCGGGAGAAGAACCGACUGCUCGUAGGGUUCUAUGGUGACUGCGCUGACUUCCAUCAGCAUCACAUUGCACAGAUGGAUCAGCGCCGGUGUUGAUCCACCUGUGCAAUGGAUUAGUGGACGCUGGUCAGGGAUCAUCCGCGAGGAUUUCACAUACAAAGACCAUUCCAUUGCAAUCAACACAACGGGUUACGCCGACGGGAAUAAAGGACCACGUUCGUCGUCCACCCUUGGGGCCUCGGAUGGAAAAAUGGCGAGUUGGCCUUUCCUUUUGCUAGUUGCGGAUGCGGAGCGAUCGACAACAUGUAGAUGUCGCAAUUGGGGUAACAGCACAAGAUUCGAAAUUGAAGAAGAUGCUACGGUGCUUCUUGAAAUGAGCGGUGAUUUCUUCUCACAGAGACCCCGCUUCCCGCCUUGGUUGUCGGGAGGAAGAGCAGUCGGCGGCGCAAUCGCGGAGGAUUAUGAACAACAGGAAUUGAAUCGAAAGCGGUGUUUGCGCGUGCGAUGGAUCGAACAUGUCUCCCUCCAUGAUGUAGAGGACUCGUCGCUUGGCAUCUCCGCCUGACUGAACUCCAAGGUCAUCCUGCUAUAACACAACGCGGAGAAGAUCUCGACAUUGCGGAAGAAGCUAUGGAGAUCGUUGGGCAGGGCGGUGAAGGCCUUUCCCGGUUGACCGCUACUUAUGGCGAUUCCUGCGAGUAUCUGGUAUCGAGACUGACAAUGAAUAUAGUUUGAGACAAUGGAAGGGAUUGGUAUGAUGAGUGCUCCAGUCAGCUGUUGGUGUCCCAAUUGAUUUCAUUGUGUCUGCUUAGGCGGGUGAUGUUCUGGGCGACCUGAUGGCUUUGUCGAAGGAGAUCCCAUGCGCAGGCAGUACCAAUACUAUCCUGUCUUUUUCACAUAGCUCGCGCUGAUAUGCUGUUGA